AAUUAUUAUAGGUGUUAUGCCACCAAAAGGAAAGAAAGGAAAGUAACGUUAUUGUAGGGAAAAAAAGCAGGAAAAAAAGCAGCCCCUCUCGGAGAAACUCCAGAUAACAUCGAAGAAGAGCAGAGAUUAGCUGCUGAACGGGAAGCACAACGAAUUGCACUUGAGCAGGAACAGGAGGCCAAAAGAGCAGAAAAAGAAGCCAUGGAGGAAAUGAUGAAACAGGAGGCGGAGCGGUUUGACACGGAGACACAAGUUCUACAGGAGAUGUUGAAUGAAAAUAAGAGUUCAUUGAAAGAUCUGAGAGAACAAGUGAGAUCACAGAAAAUCUGGGACAGAUUCCUGUUGUGUAACGGAACACCAGACCCUACCGUACAAUCAGAACUCAACACUUUCACCUCACUUUCAAUUGAUGAGACCAAGAGCAGUACGAGUCAAGACGUGAGUGGUUGUUUGGGAGAUGUCGAGCAGGCUUUGGACCUCAUCAAUGAGCUGGAGGAGGUUAUGACCUUGGACAAACAGCUGGAAAUCAACGAGGGACACGACAAGUUUAAGGAGGGAAUAGACAGUCUUCAGGGUCUGAUAGAAAAUAAGGUUGAUAACGUUACCUUCAAUGUCAUGAGGACUGCUGAGAAGUUUGCCGAUCCUGACUCGCAGAACUUACUCAUCGAAAAGGAGUCACCCAGAGUCAAAUUUUCCCUUUGGGGUAACCUCGCUAAGAAUCCCCGUCAAAAAAGCUUCAAGCUGGACACGGACGAAUUUCAGAUGGAAAUCCCUAAAUCACUGGCAAACGCUGAUGUUGCUGUGCGCCUGAUUCACACUUCUUUUGACUUUUUGAGUCCAAAGUGCAAAUCGUUCUUCUCUCAAAAGAAGAAAACACCAAUGCCAUCCAGAGUACCGUCAGCUGCUCAUGCUGGUGAACCAAACGAAAAUGAAGGAGCAACCGCUAAACCUGCAGAUCCCAUUGCAGAGGAAACAGCUAUUGAAAAUGUUCUUCAGGCAGUUGAAAAUGAGAAUUUGACGGAGAAUCAAGAUAAUAGACCGGCAACUCCCUCCGAUGUGGAUGAAAUAGAGGACGAGGAUGUAGUAGAUCUGCGCGCAAUGUCCACUGUGGGAGGAGUAAUGUACCUGGACCUGCUCAAACUGCCUCCCCAAGCUAAGAAAGUGGGCAACUGGGUCAUUCAAGAUAUCACAGAAAAUGCACUGGAGCGAAUACCGAACCCCACACCCGAGGACGAGAAAGAGGAGACAGCUAAGGAGGGAGAGGAGGGUGAGGAGGGCGGGGAGGCGGCUAUAACCCAGCUAACUAAGGAGCUCACCUGGCCUCUUCUAAAUAUGAGCUUCACUGUGGCCAGCAAUGCAGUGUUUACGGAGGAGCCCCAGCUAGCCAGGUGGGAGGAUUCCCAGCAGUGCUGGAGGACUGAUGGGUUUGAAGAGGUUAACUUUGAUGAUAUUAAUGGGUCUAUCUCCUUCAAGUCACAGUUUAUUGGUCCCAUCUGUACCUUCCAGGACACAUAUAACAACAUGCCCUUCCAAUCCUGGGAAAUCAGACCAUACGGAGAGGGGUGUGUAAUCUUCACUCUGAUCGCUGCCAGCGUCGAACUGGAAAUUUCCAUCAAAGAAAACGCAUGCUGUUUAAAUUCUCCAGAAGAUAUGGAAUUGGAUGGAAUCAGGAAUAAAUGGCUUCCAGCCCACAUUCUGAUGCAGAAACUGGUGGCUGCAGGGAUAAAUGUAUUCCCGAGUGAAGAUGCAGAUAAAUAUGUCAGCAUCUCCGUCAAGGAUGAGGAAUUGGAAUCCAGUGUGUAUGAGCAGAUGGCACUGGCUUCCUCCGCUUUUGCUUUUUCUUGGAGUCGCUGGAAUGCUGACUGUGGUGAGAAACGCCAGAUCGUCCGAGCAGCGGAGAACUUAACCACGCACCCUGUGGAUGAAGACAUGUGGAAAAAUUACAGUUGUGAACCGAGAAAAAGUUAUGCUCUAAAAUGCACUGAUGAUGACGACGAGAUGUUCGACGAGAAAGUUGAAGGAACACAGUUCCACCCUGAUAUAUUCCACUGUUUGAAAGAGGACGCCAGCUCAAAAGCUGUGGACAUCCUAUCAAAUACCUCCUAUACAUUUGUGGAUAACGUGUCAACUUGGCUUUUUGCCACCAAAGUGCUGACCUUUUCUUGAUUUUAGGGGUUGUUUUUUGGUUGAGUUAGUCGCUGUUAAGUGUUCAAAGCUGUGUGUCGACAAGAGAUUUUCGUUUAAGUGUAGGAUUGAAUGUUUUGAAGAGAGUCAAGAGUUUUUGCAUGCACUUUGGUCUUGCAACCACUUAAACCAGGCGAUUUUUAUUUUGAACAGAGAAUGUACAGAUUAAUAUCCUGUAAAUAUUUGUCGACAAUUUUUCUCCGCAAAUAUUCUUGAAUGGAAGUUGUACAGUUUUAAUAUGUAAAUCUCUUGCACAUAUGAUAAGGAUCAAGAUCCGAAAGAUGAUUUAUUUCAAAUUGUGUUUUGCAUUGUAUAAUAAUAAAUACAAUUUGUACUGAAA